CCAAGGCAGCUAACCUAUGCAAAUAAAGUGCUUUGAGAGUUAGACAGUGUGAGUCACAUUUCCCAGAUGGAGUCUUCCAUAUAGAAAUCAGGUUUUUCUUCUAGGGCAAGACAAAUACGUUCACAUUACUAUUUUACAGCUUCUGUGUCACAGCGAGAAGGGAGAUGGCGUUUAUUGGAAUACAAAUCCUACAAGUUGUAUGAGAACAGCUCUGAGGCUUCAGGUUACCCAACCAGAUCUGCAUUCUCCAAACUCAGCGUGGCCUGGAGGUGGAUAACACUCUGUGGGUGGAAUUCUGUAGUAACACACCCAUGUUCUCUCACUAAAAUCAGAGUCUUCAGCAUAAGACGUGUGGACACAGGCCGACUAGCACCCACACCAUUAACAUGACUAGCACAGAACUUGAGAGGAUGGGAGGCUGGGAGGAGGAGAAUGAGGAACCAGCUGAAGAUCCUCCACCUAAAACUUGUUGGGAUAAAUUCCACACAACUAUUUCAAACUGGAUGCUGCCUGCAGACCUCAGAGACAAGUAUCUAGAAAGGGCAAACUGUUUACCGCCUCCAAUUUUUAUCAUCAUCAUCAGUAUUGCUGAGCUGGCAGUAUUCAUAUAUUAUGCAGUCUGGAAGCCACAGAAACAAUGGAUCACGCUGGAUACUGGUAUUACUAAAAGCCCCUUAACCUACGUACCAGAAAAAAGAGAGGAAGCCUGGAGAUUUAUAUCUUAUAUGCUGGUUCAUGCUGGUGUACAGCACAUUAUUGGUAACCUGUUUCUUCAGCUUCUUCUUGGCAUCCCAUUGGAGCUAGUUCAUAAAGGUCAUCGAAUUGCAUUGGUGUACCUUGCAGGAGUCAUUGGAGGAUCAUUGGCCAGCUCUAUCUUUGAUCCAUACCUGGCUCUGGUUGGUGCCUCUGGAGGAGUAUAUGCCUUAAUUGGUGGCUAUUUCAUGAAUGUCAUAGUUAAUUUCAAAGACAUGGUACCAUUGUUUGGAAUUUUUAGAAUUCUUUUCAUUAUAGUAAUAGUUGGAACGGAUGUAGGAUUUGCUUUAUUUAGAAGAUAUAUCUCUAAAGUUGCUGGGCCAAGGGUGUCAUUUGUGGCUCACUUUGCUGGAGGUCUGGCUGGAAUGUCCAUUGGUUAUACAGUAUUUAGUUCUUUUGAUAAAAACCUGAUAAAAGACCCCAGGUUCUGGAUCUGCAUUGCUGCCUACUUAGCUUUUGUGGUUUUUGCUGUACUGUUCAAUAUAUUCUUAUCUCCUGUGCCUUAAACGGGAUACCUUUGGAACAAGUAUUCUAAGUUAUCUGCAAAAUCAUG